ACAACCACACUCGCUAUGCCUGCCGUCCUCAAAGGCACUGUGCCCCCACCACACUUGCAACUGACCACUUCUUUGCCGUGGUCAACGUACAAUUCGCACUGCUACCCGCCCACCUCUUCACCCGGCCCAAUGACCCCAGAGUCCCUAAACUCUUACGCCACACGCCUACACGACAGCCCGCUCACCUCCCAGGACACCCCAGUGCCGACUUCUGCGCCUGGGUGGUUCACCCCUUCUGGUUCCGCCAUGGACACUCCGCAUGAGAACACUUUCGGCACAUUCGCAUAUAACCAGUCCUACGUAACACCACAUCCAUCAUCUGCCGGUCCACUAUCACCUCAUCAUCAUCAAAUAUCCCAAACACAGGCUCUCGACGUCGCAUUAUCAGGACCUUCGAGUAUCGAGAACCCAGCAGGCAACUAUUCACCAGUAUCACCCUGCUCCCAAGGCUCCGACACCAUGCUGCCUGCAUUGACUGCCCACUCCAAACCUCCAUCUCCAGAUGCCUCUGGUCAGAUGUCCACUGGUCCAACUCCAAUGCGCCCACGAAGCAGCCCCGGGGAGUACCAGCCUUGGGCAGUGAAUGGUCUCAACAAUCACACUCCCAACAUGCCCCCACUCUUCUACCCCAGCUCCAAUUAUUCAAGCCACCACAGCCCAAGCUUGAGCGAACCGACUUUGGAUUUUCCCAGCGACCUGACUGCCCUACAAAGCCGUCGUCUAUAUGCUCCUAUUGCGCCUCACCCUCGUUUCCCUGGGACCAGUGCACCCAAGCGAGCUCGCGAGGAUGAAGAAGAGCCUUCUGAACAGUCUAAGCGAAGGAGACGGUCAGAUUCAAACACUUCAAGCACGAUAGAGCUUGGCGAAGAGGAUCGUCUCCUCAUCCGACUCAAGGAUGAGGAGAGCAUGCCUUGGAAGGAAAUCGCUGCCCGCUUCCAGUCUGAUCUUGGCAAAUCCUAUCAGAUUCCUGCGCUGCAAAUGCGAUUGAAGCGGCUACGAGAGCGCAUGCGAGUAUGGACGGAGACUGAUAUCAAGGCACUCCGAUCGGCGCAUGAUUACUGGGUGCAAAACAAAUUCGAUAUCAUUGCACAAAAGAUGCUCGAGUUUGGCGCAACGGAGAAAUGGACAGCACGGCAAUGCGCGCGCAAGUGGGCAGAAAUUGACCCAGGCCCAACCCCUUACACCACUUACGCGACAUACGAGCACCAAGUCCCCACCUCCUACCCACCAUCAUACGCCAUGAGUCCCGUAGAACCGCAUCACUUCAUGCCCUACGUGCCGAUUCAACAAUAGACAUACGGGCCACCUUACUCUUUCUUGUACAUCCUUGUUACAUAACGCCUCGAGCUAGCAUCGGGCACUUGAUCUUUUCGUUC